AUGGCGACGGUGACGGCGACGGCGGACGACGGGAUGAAUUAUCAUCGAAUGCUGAACCUGUCCGUGGUGCUCGCGGAGGCGCACGCGGAGGCGCGGGAACUGGAGGACGAGGAGUUGCGCGCGUGCGGGGAGGAAGAAAUCAGAGCGUAUUACGAGAGCGGUGGGCGCGACGUGCCGGUGGGGGUGCGGGAGAGACGAUGCGAACAAGCGGGCGGUGGGCGCGAGGUGAACGAUGGGCGAGCGAGCGCGCUGGGGGACGCGAAGGAGCGGGCGAUGCUGAAUAAGCACGAGGACGCUGCGGCGGAUUAUCGAAGACACGUCUUCAAGACGGGGAUCCCGUUCCGAAAGCACGGAUUGUUUCCGAUGCGGGAUGCGUUGUUGAUGGAGUUGAGUCGCGAUAAUUCGCUUCGAGCGUUUCAAAAGGCGACUCCUGGGCUCGGGCGAGGGGUAUUCGUGACUUGCGAAUCGUGGGCCGUCGGCGACGACGCGGCGAAAAGAGGUCUUGAUUUGAGAUAUUUUUACCGAGAGCGCGCGAGGACGGGAUCGAGCGAGUAUCCAGAGCUCGUCGGUGUUGCGCGCGUGGGUGAUACGGGUGCGAUCGGCAUUCAGACGUAUAAUCUCGCCCACGGAGGCUGCAUCGAAACGAUUCUUGACGAAGCGACAGCCGAGCUGGUCAAAUGUUGGCGAGCACCCUGCUGCGUCACCAUCGAAAUGAACGUCAAGAUCAAGAAACCGCUUCCCCUUCAUCACACCGUCAAAAUCCAGGUGCAAAUUAAAGAAGUGCAAUCGCACGGGCUGCGAAUCUGGACCACGGCGAGGCUGACGGAUCCGUCGGCGCCGCUCGGCGAAGACGUGCUCGCCACGUGCGAGGCGCAACUGUGCGACAGUGGCAUGCUCAAUCGCAUGAGGGAAGAGUAG